AUGGAAAAGAAGAAUAACCUUCAGUAUGCCGAAGCCGAGGUGGCACCGCCGGGCCCGGUAGCCUCUCCACUUAAGCGGCAUGUUGUCCGAUAUUGGUGGAUGUAUCUGACCAUUGUGUGUGUAACAUUUUUGCUUGUAGCAUUAUGUUUAAUAUAUGUGCUCGUGCCCCAGAUGGCCCAGCUGAAUAUAGAUAGGGCCUACUUGCAAUUUACUGACAUCCGAUUUAUUGUGCCCACACCCAGCUCAAUCACCUUAACCCAAACAGUGCUAUUGUACACGAAGACGCGAUUUACGCCCACAUUAAAACCCUUUGUGGCUUCCAUAUAUGCCGUCCACAACGGCUCAUACUCCAAAGUGCCCAUGACAACGGCGCGCUUUCCCGAGGUACACGCUAUUCAUCCCGUAUCAAUGACUCACUUAACAAACACAUUCCUAAACUUCUCGUCGGACGCUGAGCGUGAGGAAGUGGCUCGAUUCGCGACCCAGGUCCUCACGCAAGAUCGGGUUACUACGGCACUUGUGGGCCGUGGAAGCCUGCAACUAGGCGCCCUACCGCUCAUGACGGUGAACUACAAUAAAACUACCACAUUUCAAGGACUUAACGGACUCAAGGGCUUUGGGGUGAGCAAUGUAAAACUUGAUGUCAAGGCUGAGCCCGGGCAGCCAAAUCUUAGUGGGAUGGCUUCGUUUCCCAACCCCUCGGUACUAACAUUUGACAUGGGAAAUGUGACGUUUACCCUCUCGACUGCGGCGGCCGGGGUCGUCGGGCAGAGUUAUAUCGAGAACAUGACGAUCCGACCUGGUGUCAACAUCUUUCCCAUCCACAGUGUCAUCGAUUCUACCAAAAUAAUGCAAAGCUUGGAUCCCGGCUCCGAUACGGUGCAGAUCAUUAUCAUGGGGAAUACGGCCGUCUACCAUGGACAGUCCCUCACCUACUACGAAAAAUCAUUUGCUUUCAACAAACUCAGCCUCGCGCUGAACGUUUCGUCGGUUCUGGCCAAUAGCUAG